GGAAGCCCCAUUUUGGCUGCAGGUCUACUAGUUCGCUUCAGCCCUGCACUGUUCAUCAUGUUGGAUGAUUGAGGGCAGGCGUUCCUAUAAGGCGGACGAACGUUUCUGCUUCUACUCAUCAGCUUGCGCGAUGAAGUCCUUCCGAGCUGUGUCGCUUGCCCUAAUGCUGCUUUCUGGUGCAAGAUCAGACCCGUUGAUUCAGAUUCCUCCGCAUAUCCAGACCAUGGAGUUGAGCACUCCAAAGCCAGUCACUGAAGCGCAGAUGCAGGAAUUCAAGCAAGACUUCGUUGAUGUGGACUUCAACAAGGAUGAUCAAAUGGAUGCGCAAGAGGUUCGGGCCCACUUCAAGGGUGGCAUCUCAGACGUCGAGCUGUUUCAGUUCUUCUUGGAUUCAGACACAGACAGAUCUGGCGAUGUCUCCUUACAGGAGUAUGUGGACUAUGCAGCGAUGUUGGGCUGAGAAAA